CAACAGUCAACAAUAUCAUCAAACAGAAUUGGCUGGCCCCAACAACAAGUAGUUAGUCAAAAUUUCCGGCACUGUAACGAUGAACUUGGAGCAAAACCUGACCGCUGCCCUGACGCAGUCGCCGGAGGGCAAGGCGGAGGAGGCGUGGCCGGCGGACGCCCACCUGCACCAGCCGCCGGAGGCGAGUCAACUGCUGCUGCCGGAGCACUCCAGCUGCCUGGCGGUGAAGACCUACCUGCGGAUGUGCGGCUUGCCGUUCCUGGACCGGAUCAGCGACAAUGCGGAGUUCAUGUCGCCGGGCGGCCGGCUGACCCACCUGCCGGUCCUCCGCUUGGGCCCCGUCAAGACCUUCGCGGAGUUCGAGCCCAUCGUGGCCCAGGUGGAGGCCAUGCAGGCGGGCCACUCGCUGGGCAGCUGGAUGUCCGAGGAUCGGCGCGACGAUGUCCGUUGCCUGGUCAACUAUGUGGAAAACGUCUUCACGCUGGCCGAGAUCCACAUGAGCUUCGUGGACGCGGUCAACUACCAACGGUACACGGCACCGCGCAGUGGAGCGGCUCAUCCGUGGCCCUUGAGUGUGCUCCGCCGCAUGGCCAAGCAGAAGGAGGCGCUGCGCAUCCUGAAGGUCUACCAGUGGCAGGACAUGGACAACGACCAGGUGCUCCACGAGGUGGGCGUCUGCGUCGGCACGCUGAUCGGCCAGCUGGAGGAGCAGCAGCCGGAGGAGGGCUACCUCUGUGGAGCGCGGCCCUGUGCCCUGGACGCCCUGGUCUUCGGCCAUGUGGCCGCCAUCCUGACCACCAAGUUGCCCAACAUGGAGCUGGCCGAGGUCCUGGCCACCUAUCCCCGCCUGUUGGCCCACUGCCGGCGCAUAGACGGAAGCUUGUUUGGAGGCAAACUCCUGAGCGGCGAGGAGCCGGAGGAGCUGGCCUAACUCGAGUGGGAGCUGGAGUGGGGCAAAUAAAAUUAAAGGAAGACAGGAACAAAGGA